AUGACAAGUUAUCCGGAUGUUAAUGGAAGACCUGCGGAUCUGAACGUAUUUUAUGCUACAGCGCAAAGCGCAUUAAAUGUAGCUACAUUACAAACGAACUACGCAAACUUGGCAUUAUUCUUGACCUGUAAAACAAUUAGACUUAAUAUUACAUGCAAUAAUGGUCAAAAGGGAUGUAUUUAUUUUACCGUAAACUGCACACAAAAACAGGGAAACACAUUGGUUUGUUCAACGGGUUCCUGUAAGUGCGGAUUCUAUAAUAAUAAAUGGAGAGAAAUUGUCAUAGUUAUUUGUU